GCUCGAGCCUCGAGGGCCCCAGGGGAGGGCGGGAGGGCGCCGCCCCGGUCCCGAGCGUGCGCAGGCGGCGCCGCUCGGGCCCUGCUCCCGGGGGGGGGGGGCCGGCUGGCGCCAUGGUCAAGAUCGCCUACGAGGAUGGCCCCGUGCUCAACAAGGUGUCGCGCCUCCUCACCCAGCCGAAGGAGCAGGGCGCCUCCCAGGCCAUGCUGCACGCGGUCGGGCUCAAGCCGGAGGACCUGGGCAGGGCACAGGUGGGCAUCGUCUCCACCUGGUACCAGAGCAGCUCGGGCAACACGCACCUCCUCGCAUUCUCGGAGAAGGUGAAGGAGGCUGUAGACGAGGACCCUUCUCUGUACGGGUUCAUUUUCAGCACCGUUGGCGGCUCCGACCAAUUGACCAUGACCCCCAACGGGAGUGCUUAUUCGUUGCCAGCGCGCGAGCUCGUCGCCGACAGCAUCCAGACAACCCUGGGGGCCCAGUUCUACGACGGCCUGGUCGCAAUUCCUGGCUGCAACGGCCACGCUGGAUGCGCCUUGGCCAUGAUUCGAAUGAACAGGCCUUCCAUCAUGGUGUGUGGUGGCUUCGCGCCGUCUGGCAAGUCGGCGGCCGGAGACGUCGUGGACUUGACCUCCGCGGCCGAGGCGUACCAGAGCUUUGCGGCCGGCAGGAUGGACGAGGCCGCGCGGGCCGACGUCGUGAAGACCGCCUGCCCAGGCCCAGGCUGCUACGGAGGCAUGCUCACGGCGAGCACCAUGGCUUGCGCCGUCGAGGCUCUCGGGCUGGCACUGCCAGGCAGCUCGUGUGCGCCGGCCGCCUCGGAGGAGAAGCUCGCCGAGUGCAAGCGCACGGCCAAGGCGAUGCACCACCUGCUGGAGCGAGACCUCAAGCCGCUGGACGUUCUGACGAAGCUUGCCUUCGAGAAUGCGAUUGUCGUAGUCAACGCGCUCGGAGGCUCCACGAACGUGGUUUUGCACCUUCUGGCCUUGGCGGUAUCGGCAGAGGUGGAUCUGUCCCUGGACGAUUUUCAGCGCUUGAGUGGCAAGGUCGCUGUAAUAGCAGACCUCAAGCCACACGGGAAGUAUCGCCUCGAGGACAUCCAGAAAAUCGGUGGACUCCCUGCGAUCAUGAAGUAUUUGUUGAAACUCGGGCUGCUGCACGGUGACUGUAUAACUUGCACAGGUCAAACGCUUGCACAGAACGUCGCAGGAGCGCCUGAUCUGGACUUCGCAGCCCAGGAUGUGAUUCGCCCUGUGGAGCAGUGCAGCCAGAGCUCUGGACGCAUCAACAUCUUACGAGGCAAUUUGUGCCCAGAUGGUUCUGUCAUGAAGACCUUCGGCACGGAGGGCUCGAGCUUCACUGGAAAGGCUGUUGUCUUUGGCAGCGAGGAGGAGAUGUUGAAGGGCCUUGAGCAGGGCAAGAUCAGCAAGGGCGAUUUCGUCGUCAUCCGCUACGAGGGCCCAAAGGCUGUGGCCGAAAUGAAAUCCGCUUCGAAUUGGCUGCCGAUUUCCGCUGGUCCGAUUCACGUCGAUCGCCGACCCGACGUAUCGAUUCGAGUCUGGGCUCUCGUGACUUGCAGGCGCACGUGGGCGGCCCCAUCGCGCUGAUCCAAGACGGCGACGCGGUCACGGUGGAUGUGGCCACGUCGCAGCUGAGCGUCGCCGUCUCCCCGGAGCAGCUCGCGGCCCGCCGCACGUCGUGGGCCGAGCCGGCCCUCAAGGUGCAGAACGGCCUUCUGAACAAGUACGCGAGGCUCGUCAGCCAGGCCAACAUCGGGUGCGUCACGGACAGGGAUUAGGGCAACCCGCACAUUGCGACUGUUUGCCCGAGUCCGCUUGGUAGGUUCCGGCGGCCUGAAGCCGAAGGUUCUCAACCCGAACAUUAUCACAGCCGGUGUCGGCGAAAGUCGGUUGGCACUCCCCGUUUUGUGCAGCUGCUCGGUGCGUGGUGGAGCCAUUUGAAAGCAAAAGUUCGCUCCGUCGAGCAGAGCCGACCGCGGCUCGGUCAAUGUGGCCAGCGAUCCGAUCGAGGCGGUUCGAUGCGCUUGCGAUCGUGACCCUGCCGAUCAGAG